AGCUCCUCAAAAGUUAUACAGCAAUGUUGAAUUCACGAUUUAAGCAUGUAUGUUGUAAUCCACUCAAAAAGGAAAAGUAUUCUGCUACAAAUUCAGAUGACAAUUACAAAAGCAUAUCAGAAUCUGAUUUUUCUGAAUAUGAGGACAAACUUAUCAUCCGACGAUUUCUCAGAAGACGAACAAGAAUUUCCUCGAGAAUUCAUAGCUGAAUUGAAACAGAAAUUCAACAAACCAGAUAUUACUUCACAGGAAAAAGUUCGAAUCUUGACGUUAUUGCCAAAAUCUUGGAACAUUAAUAAAGAUCAACUGUUCCCGAAAGAAAUUAAGCAGAAAAUACAGCAUUUCUAUGAAAAUGAUGACGUGAGCACAAUGAUGCCAGGUCAAAAAGACACCAAGUCGGUGAAAAUUAAUGGUGAGAGUCAAGUUCGGCAGAAAAGGUUAAUUAUGGGAAAUCCCUCACUUGUAUACAAGAACUUUAAAAAAGAAAAUCUCGACGUAAAAAUUGGGUUUUCAAAAUUCUGUUCCUUUCGACCUACUUAUUGCAUUCUGGCUAUUUCAGGUGGUACUCAUACUGUUUGUGUGUCCCUUGCAUGAAAAUAUGAACCUUAUGGCAUCAGGCAGUCAUUUGGUGAAAUAUAUGAAAAACGAACAAUAUAAAGUGGAACAUUACGUUGAUAUUCUAUUGCUCUUGCUUUGUGAAAAUGCAAAUGAGGAUUGUUUCUUUGGCGUAUGCAAAGCAUGCCCGAAAAAUGACAAAAUUUCCAAGAAGCUUGUAGAAAUCUUCCAGAAAAAUAAUGUUGAAAACGUCAUGCAUAAACAAUGGUAACUAAACCCAAAACAACUCUAGAGAAAAAGACGGUACCGAUCAAACACAUUGUUGAAUGUUUUUGUAAGGCAGGAAGAAUAUUUCUUAAUCAUUAUUUUAUCGCAAAUAAACCAGCUGCUCAUUAUAAACUUUUGAAAAAACACCUUAAUGACGACGAAAUUUUAGUAACUUGCGAUUUCGCUGAAAAUUACGCAUUUUUAAUUCAAAAUUCAAUCACAGGUUGCCAUUGGAAUAAUGAUCAAGCAACUUUAUUCCCCAUUGUUUUUUAAAACAAAAAUGGAGAGGUUAUCAACCACAAAACACUAAUCAUAAUUUCAGACUGUAAAAAAUACG